ACAAAACACAACUCGCCACUCUCUCCUCUGAACUCUCCAUGACUCCAGUGUUUUCAUUAAAUAUUUACCCCUAAAUCAAGUGAAUUCAUAAUAACUGCAGGUAGUGAAACUAAUUACAGCCGAUGAUCGGUUAGUUCUUGGAAAAAUGCCGCACUGUCUCAUGAAAUCGAUCGUGAGAUCAAGAUCAUUUGGAGGCAGCAAAGAAUCCAGAGGGACUUGUGGUGCCCCUGGGAGUUCCAAAAAACGGGGCAAGGAGUCGUUGAGGAAUGAGAAGACAUCGACUGGGUACAAUGGAUUGUCGAUCAUUACGAGAUAUAAUUUCACGAGAAAUCACACGAGAGCUGGUGAACUGGGACUGGAACUCGUUGGAGACGAGGAGAAAUCUCAGGAUUCCUCUGGUUUCUUGGGGACUGUGGUACCUAGAGCGGAGAAUCAGGAGAGAAGUGCUGGUGCUCUUGAUCUGGUGCAGAGGAGACCUCAGGUCAUUGUAUGGGGACACAGACAGGAUGUGGGAGUGGAUCAACGAGUUGGAGAUGUCCAGGAAGCCGUGGAGGAGUUCAAGGUACCAGAGGUGCAGAAUCCCCAGACUUGGAAAAAGACAAAAGUUUUGCAUUUUUGUCCGUAUUGUCACAAAAGUUUUGAUCGCCCUUGGGUGCUGAAGGGACACCUGAGACUCCACACGGGGGAAAGACCAUUCGAGUGUCCAGUGUGCAAUAAAUCAUUCGCUGACAGAUCAAAUUUACGAGCUCAUCAGAGGACCCGAAAUCACCACGAGUGGCAGUGGCGAUGCGAGGUUUGCUUCAAAGCUUUUUCCCAGAGAAGAUACUUGGAGCGUCAUUGCCCGGAGGCAUGUCGUAAAUACAGACUAUCACAGAAGAGAGAAUAAAGUGUAGA